AUGGCAGUACUACCACGGGGCACAAAUGGAGGCAUUGAACGAGGACCUUUGCCUCCAAAUACACCUCGAACGGCAAUCCUGGUCGCAAUGUUGACGCUGGCAAUCUACAUGGCCGUGCUCGUAGACAUCAAAGUACUCUCCACCUUCAAACGGCGCAACACGCUCUACUUCUGGUCCAUUCUAAUCACAUCCUGUGGAAUCGUCAGCCACUCCACCGGCAUAAUUCUCAAAUGGUUCGUCGGCAGCUGUCCAUGGGAAGUCAACACCGCCUUCGCCUCCUUCGGCUGGUGGGGCAUGGUGACCGGCCAAUCCCUAGUCCUCUACUCGCGCCUGCACAUCGUCGUGCGGGACCAGCGCGUCCUCCGCGGCGUGCUCAUCAUGAUAAUCACAGACUUCAUCCUCUUCCAAUUCGUAACCACAGUCCUCACCUUCGGCAGCAACCAGCCGAACCCAGGGCUGUGGCUCAAAAUCUACAACAUCUACGAACGCAUCCAACUGAUCGUCUUCACCUUGCAAGAACUCACCAUCUCCAUCAUCUACAUUCGGGCAGCGCUCAAGAUCCUCCUCCCCAGCGACCCGACCGAGAUCCGGCACACGAAGAAAUUCCUCAUCUAUCUCAACAUCCUCUGCAUCGUGCUCGACAUCGCCUUCGUCUGCGAAGUCUACUCGGGCGAAUGGGUGUACAAAACGGGCACGCAAUCGCUCGCCUACGCCAUCAAACUGACCAUCGAAUUCGUCGUGCUCAACAAACUCAUGGACGUCUACCGCCUCGGUCCCGGCGCAUGUACUGCCUGCCGGCGCAAAAUCAACCCCAAUUCGCAGCAGUAUCAGCACUCGAAUCGGUCCGUCGAUGGGAAGCGCCCGACUAUUACCCGAGGGAGUAGUUCGCAGGGGAUUAUUGCUGGAUGGCCACGCUCGAAGCCGAAGGGUGCGGAGCGGCUUGGGCCGUUUGAGGAGGAGGAAUUGAAGGGUGUGGAUGUGGGGAAGGGGGUUACGAGAUCGCAUGUGAAAGCUGCGCCGUCGGAUGGGGGGGUUAAGGAGGGGGAUAUUAUGAUUGUGACGGAUAUGAUCUCGUCGAGCGAGGCGUCGAAUGAGGGGAAGCAGAAUGGUAGGUGA